UUGAGACGCCAUUUUUGUGAAAUGUGGUUGGAAAAAGAUCACAUUGAUCAAGGAAUUGCACCAACUUUACUAAUUAUACACAGUUCGUCUAAAAUUUUGACAAGAAGUUUUGAUUCAAAAAGCAUCAUACUAUCGUCCACAUGCAUGCAAGGUCACCUCAAUCUCUAAGCCUCAUAGCCUGGAUUUGAAUUCUUCCAAAAUCCAUCUAUUUGAUCAUUUAGGUUUCUCACGAAAGUGCCACUUUAACUAUUACUAUGGAUUUUGUGAGAAAUGUCUUAACUUCUAAUUUGUUUAAGGCGUGAUUGAUCAUACGUGUCUUCAGUUCGAUACCCCUAAAUUUUAGGAAAAAAUUCAAAUUAUAAUCAACAUCCGAACAAAGUGAACCUUCAAUGUACAUAUUCAAGUAAUUCAACAACAUUUAAUUUCUAUACAACUACAACGCCUGUCUUGAAUAUUUUUAAUUUAGAAUAUGCUUAAGCUUCAUAUUGAUUAUAUAUAUAGCUUAAAUAUCAAUUAGUAGCUAAACACGAUAUAUGCUACAGUAUCAUAUUGUCAGUAUAUGAACUAUAGUUUUUUUUUUUCUCAAUUAUUAUUACAAGAAAAACCCCAACAAGGGCCAACACACUUUCGACAACCCCAAGUGAGAAAGUGAAAGAGAAUAACAACUGUGUGUUAAGAAAAUAUUAGUGAAAUAACCCUUUCAUGAUUCAUUUCAUAUUUGAAUAUUAAUCUCUCACUAAUCCCUAACUAAUUCAAUUUAUAUUCCGUCUUUAUAGAUAUACAGAACAUACACACAUACAUAUAUAAGUAUACUGUUUACUUUUCAAUUCUAUAUAUAUGUGGCUGAUGGUCACCAUACAAAUCCUACCAAAUGGCCCUGAUCUUAACCCAAAACUUCUUCAUCUUCUUUAAUUAAUUAGCCACCUCGCACGUGUGACAAAUCCUUCUUCGCCACGUGUGAAAAACCCUUCCCCCGCUUGCUACUUACUAUAUACUACUAAUAGUAUGAAUAAUACAAUGGGUUCUUCCAGCUUAGGUAGCCGGAGAAAGGAUCCGGCGUACAGAGGAAUCCGGUGCCGAAGUGGUAAAUGGGUCUCCGAGAUUCGUGAGCCUAAGAAAACCACGAGAAUCUGGCUUGGAACUUACCCCACGGCAGAGAUGGCAGCCGCCGCCUACGAUGUGGCUGCUCUGGCUCUUAAAGGAAGAGGAGCCGUCUUGAACUUCCCUGGAUCCGCCCAGUCAUACCCGGUUCCUGAAUCAAAAUCGGCAGCGGAUAUACGAACCGCGGCGGCAGCUGCAGCAGCAAUGAAGGGAUGCGAGGAAGGGGAGGAGGAGAAAGAGGCAACGGAGAAGAAUAGUAGUAGUUCGCAGUUCAGAGCGCGUGAGAACCACGUAAAUAAUGAGGUGGCGUCUUCGUCAUGGUGUGGGACAGAGUUUAUGGACGAAGAAGAAGUCUUGAAUAUGCCUAAUCUGCUGGCUAAUAUGGCAGAAGGGAUGAUGGUUGCGCCACCGUCGUGGAUGGGUUCUCGGCCGUCGGAUGACUCUCCGGAGAAUUCAAAUGAUGAGGACUUGUGGGGGUAUUGAUCGGUUAGUGUUGUCCACGUAUAUGUAAUCAUCAUCUUGUUCUUGUUGAUUAUUUGUUCAUUAAUUAUGUCACUUGUAUGAUAUAUCAAAUCAUAUGUUUUAAUGUAUGAUAUAUCAAAUCAUAUGUUUUCUUGUU